AGCUGUUAGGGCCAAUCCAUGAUUGAUGUCGUCUUUGGAUCUGUCCAGACUCAAGCUCCAGGGACCCCUGAUAAAUCCUACCAAUGGCACCAUCCCGAUGUCCAAGUUCAUCCUGCUGGGUUUCUCCUCCCUGGGCCAGCUGAGCCACAAUCUCCUCUGUGCCCUUCUCUCCGUCGCCUACACCGGGACACUGGCAGGCAACCUGUGCAUUUUGUGGGCCGUGCUGCAGGACCCUCACCUCCAACGCCUGCCUAUGUACAUCCUGCUGGGAAACUUCUCCUGGCUGGAGAUCUGCUAUGUCACAGCCACGGUGCCACGGAUGCUCUCAGAUCUGGUGUCCCCUGGCAUCCCCAUCUCCUUCCAGGCCUGCUUCGUGCAGUUCUACUUCACCUUCUCCAUGGGAGCCACUGAAUGCUUUUUCCUCGCGGCUAUGGCCUUCGAUAGGUACCUGGCCAUCUGCCAACCACUGCGCUAUGAGACUAUAAUGAACAGGGGAGCUUGUGUCCAAAUGGCAGCUAGUGCCUGA